AUGACGACGUGUGUACUUCCUAUUGUGUCAAUGGACGAGCAAGUUAACGUCGCAGUUGUUAGAUUGUCAUCCACAACAGAAGGCUUCGGAAUUGGGAAGUAUGAGGCAAGGGAUUAUAGGGAAAGACUACUGAAGCACGUUGGGGAACGGUUUAUACAAACUGUUUCGCAAACUGGGCCAGAAGCAGGUUUGAAGGCAUGGCAAGAGUUUCAACAGUUCUCUCAAACCCAGUAA